AUGUCUUACUGGAUCUGCUGCAGCUCCUGCUUCCAUUCUGCCGAUGCGGAACGAAAACUGGCUUUAACAACGUGUGGCCAUAUUAUUUGCAGUCUGUGUUAUCAGAAAGGAAUCCAAGGCCAGUGUUUAAUUUGCAACACAAAAUGCCAAGUAUCACUUCUUUCUGACAAAAGCAGCUCUGAGGUCAAGGCCCUGUUUUGUGACAUCACUUCUGUUGCAACAAAGCACUUCACAGAAAUCAGCAAAGUUAUAAUGUUCCAGGCAAGACAUCAAAAGAGACUGCUGAGUUAUUACCAACAAAGGAACGAGAAGCUUGAACAGACACUAGUUAAGAUGAAGCAAGAGAUGCAGCAGAUGAUGAUGAAGCUGAAUGAACAGAGCACCUACAUCACUAAACUGGAAAACUCUCUUCAGCAUCAAAGUGCUAAAACGUCAUCUUUGCAUCAGAUGAACCACUGUACUCCUCCUCCACAUGGACAUAAACCAGUCCUGCAGAUCGCCUAUAACUCCCCCAUGUCGCACUCUCGACACCCCUCAUCUGCUAAUGUCACCAAGGACCUGGAGGUGGAUGAAAGAAGUUUAUUCAAGAAAGUAAGUUCUGUGCCUGUCUUUCAGCCAAGUGUCCCCAGAUUGUUAUUAACCAGUCCUCCACAGGACGGACGAAUGGGAACAGUUCCUCACAGACGGACCAAUCAGAACCUGCUGGCCAGCCAUUCAGCCUGCUCAGCCACAGUCAGUCGUUUCCAGGCAACACCAGCGACCCCUGACCUUUCAUUCGGCCACAGUUCAGGAUGGAAGUCUCCCAUCUUCAAACCUCCGUCCUCCUUCAGGCACUCCUCUUCUAUGUCCUCCCUGAUCUGUCCGCCUCCUUCAUAA